AUGUGUAAAGUUGAUAUCCUGAGAGCGUUGCUAAGUCAACGACUGAGUGCGGCCGUUGAAGAAAUAUUUGUAGUGUUUGAAAAGACGAUAGCAGAGUACGAGGAGGAACUUUGCCGAACAAAAGAGGAGAACGAGCGACAACGUCGGCUACUGGACGCGGUUUUCAAGCCUCAAGUGGUGUCGCGCGAUGCAGACAUCCGUAAAGAUGAUCUUCAGGCAGAGCGGCAGGAGUGGAGCUUCAGGAUAACGCAACAGGAGCCAGAGCCCCCCCACGUUAAAGAGGAAGAGCCCCUCUACGUCAAAGAAGAAGAAGAACAGGCUGGCAUCACAAACUUUCCAUUGGACGGAGUCCUUGUGAACAGUGCAAAUGAUGAAGACAACGAGCAUGGGUCAGAGCUUUGUCGCGAUCAAAGUGAGAGGAACAGAGGGGCGAAGCUUCCGAGCAGCAGCUCAAGUCAACACGUGACAACAAAAGGUGGAGGAUCAGAAGACGACAGCCUCUUCGCUCCACUGUCAGAUAGCGACAACGCGGCAUCGCACUCUUCCGACACUGAUCGCGAUGAAAACUCCAAAGUUGACAAGUCAUGUCCCAUCGACGACGCCCAUAUUAAAUGCUCCCACUGCGAUAAAACGUUCAUCGACGCGGCUACUCUGAAAAGACACGUGAUGCUUCACAAAGGAGCGAAAACAUUCCGUUGCUCAUUUUGCGGUAAAACAUUCAAUCAGAAGGUGCAUUUGAUAAAACACACGAGAACGCACACGGGAGAGAAACCUUUUGCCUGCACGGUUUGCGGUAUGAGGCUGAGUCAAAAAGAAUACUUGAAAGUGCACAUGAGAACACACACCGGAGAAAAACCGUUUCCCUGCUCAGUGUGCGGGAAGAAAUUCUCUCAGAAAGCAUUUUUGAAAGUACACACAAGAACACACACGGGUGAAAAACCAUUUUCUUGCUUAGUCUGCCACAAAAGUUUUGGCGCAUAUUCCACAUGUACUCGGCACCAACGGACACACACGGGUGACAAAGUGUUUAGUUGCGCCGUGUGUGAUAAGAAAUUCACUCGGAAGGACAACCUUAACAAACAUAAGUGUGCUGGUAAGAAAUGAAGUUGCAAGUGACCAACUAAAGCGAAGUGGGUCAUGAUGCACUGCGGCGACACAGAAGAGAAAAUGGCAGGCGAGCAGUUCGUUUGUCUGAAUUUUGCAGGAUUACUUAAAACAAUAUGAUAAGAGCUGAAAUUGAUCUAUAAACUGUAAUUAAAUGAAAGCAUUUCGAAUAAUGAGUGAAUUCCAGUGGGACCGUGAGAUACGCGUGAUCUGGCAUACACGUUUUUGGAGAUAACGUUUGUAUGUCUGAAUUUUGUGGCUUAAAAGUUGCUGGUUUAUUUUCCGGUUUUGUAAUUUCUUGAGAUGGUGAAUGUCAAGCUUUCAUUAACUGUAAAUUGCAAUCAUAUCCUGUAAAUACAAAUCUUGUACAUGUGAA